AUGCAUAUCUCCGACGUUAUUGUUCCAGGUUCCGACGGAAGGCUGACAGUGAAGCUGGCUCGGACGAUCAAGGUGGAGUCGAUAUCGCUCGAGCACGCCCCGCGGGAGGUGCUCUUGAACAAGGGCGUUUCUGCACCGAAGGAUUUCACCGUCGUCGGUUAUCCCAAGGGUCGGGUGGUAAGGGAUGAUGACCCCGGGGACGUUCUUGUCAGCGGAGGGGAGUAUCGCCUGGAGGGGGACGUCAUCCAGUUCUUCGAAGUCGCCGAGGAGUAUCGACAGGUGGACUACGGGGUCAUCGCUUUGGUGGUGGACAGCAACCACGGCGAGGGGGCCUAUACCUGCAUCUACCGGCUCCGAGUCCACGGAACCCCUUCCCCUUGACACUUGACACUCCGGGGUUUGUCGUUGUAUCUAAUAAUACGCUAUAGAGUCGGCCCCGCCAAGGGAAGUGUCGGAGCCAGUGUUAGUGUUUCCCCACGCACCCAUUCCUGCUGCUGCUGUUUCCAUCGGGGCACGGGCUUUUGGAUUGAACAAGUCACGGACUGUCUGGUAUCGGGUUCUUCGUAUAUAGCGUCGAUCAGGAAAUCAUCCACCGCUGGCAUAUAUUCCGGUUCGGCGUGCUACUCCGGUAGGCUUUUGUGCUAGUGUCGAGGUUGUAGGGUUAUUGUGUACUCAUAUUUGCUCGUUUCCGCCUCUAACUGCUUGCGGGAGCAGAAUUAAGAAGGCACUGUGAAUUGGCCCCGUGGGCUCAGGGCGAUCAUCAGGAACGAGUUACCUAGGUCGGGCUUUUCAUCCUCUUGACUAUUUUUUAUUUUUCGCAUUUUUUUCUUGGCUGAAAGAGCACGGGGUCGGAGAGAGCUGGAUUCAAGAACACUGUCAUAUUC